AUGGCGGUCGCAUCCGACAGCGGCCGGCCGCCGCACCGAGGCGGCGCCGCUCGCUCGUCGACCGGCUCCACGGUCGCACUCGACGAAGAGACACACGGCGAGUGCCACUCGGAGAGCGCGCUCGAUGCUGGCUGGGACACGCCGCUCUUGACGGCCGAGAACAUUGGCCGGGCGUUCUCGUCCGUCUCGCGAGCGGGCAGCGCGUCGCAGCUGCGCGCCGUGAGCAGCGAGGUCUCGGACUCGCUCUCGCGCAUGAAGAUGCGCAAGCAAGAGAUCGAGAUGGCGUCGCUCGUGCACAAGGUCCAGUCGCAGCUUCGCACGAUGGAGGACGUCAUCAAGGAGCUCCAAAACGAGCACGCGAUCAAGAACGAGAUGAUCAAGAAGCAGAUGAACGAGACGAACCGCAUCCUCGCCGAGCGCGACCAGCUGCAAAUGGAGCUCCGCAGCGCGUCCCAGAAAAGCGCCGCGCCUCUCUCGAACGACAUGACGCACCUCCGCAGCUCGCUCCAGUCGUUCAUGCAGCAGACGGAGCAGACGCAGUUUCUCAUGAUGGAGCAGCUCAAGAGCAUCGAGGUGAGCAAAGGGUCGCCGCAGCGCCGCCACUCGGUCGACGCUCAAAAGAUUGAAACCUCGGUCAAGGCCGCCAUGUCCGAGUUCGCCGCGCUGCAGCAAAACAUGAUGCAAGCGCUGGCGCCGUCGACUCAGCCGACGUCGCCCGAGCAGCCCGAGAAACUCGUCGAGAAGCCCGUCGAGAAGCCGCGGUCGCUUCCGCCUGUAAAGGCCGCGUCGUCGGCGUGGAAGACUGCGUUUUUUGCGAUGAUUGGCAUCUGGCUCGUCACGCUCGGUGUUGGCGCCGCCCAGCACGUCUAUGGCCUCGACCUCUACUCGUUUGUCGCCCAAGAGACGCGCGAGAUGCACGUUCUGGUCGAGACGAUCCAGGAAAUCGCGCCGAUCCAGGAAAUCGAGCCGAUCCAGGAAAUCGAGCCGAUCCAGGCAAUCGAGCCGAUCCAGGCAAUCGAGACGAAAGCGCCCGAAACCACCACGUUGGCCAUCGUCGACGACGUGGUCACGGUCCACGUCAACACGGAUGGCGCCGUCGACGCGCCCGUUCCGGAAUUUGCUGCUUCGGUCAACGCCACAGCUUCGACCGGUCACGACGUCAAGGUCGAAGCACCGACAGGUGCGGGCUUUGGUGCAGCCACGAGCGUUGUUAACGACACACUCGGUGACGUACAUAAAGACAGUGAACGCGACAACGACGACGACGUCGCAUCGACGUCGGCCCAAGUCGACGCACCCGUCGUCGAUGUCAAAAAACAAGUUGUCACAGCGUCCGACGACGUUGUUGUUGAAGCCAAGGAAGUUGUCGUCGAAGAGGAACAACAAGAUGAGGACAGCAAGGAAGACACGGUUGUCGACAUCAAGAAUGACACGGUCAACGAGGUCAAGAAAGACGCGGUCGACGAGGUCAAGGAAGACACGGUCGACGAGGUCAAGGACGGUGCUGUCCAAGAGGUCAAGCAACCCGUUGUCCAUGAGGUCAAGCAAGACACGGUAGACGAGGUCAAGCAAGCCGUCGUCGACGUGGCGACGCCGGCCGAUGAAACGACCGAGCUUGGCGCGAAAGAAGAUAUGCCCGAAUCCAAGACGGUUGAAGCCGAUGAGGUUGUGCGCUCAACUGCGCGUGACGACGUCAAUGCCACUGCGACCGCCGAGCCCGCGACAAACGCCACGGAGCUCACUCAAGUCGUCGACGUGGUGGCAGCCGUCGUUGAGGUGGUCACGGACGUCUCGAGCGAGAUUGUGGAUGUCCAUGUCGCGGUCAUCGACUCUUCGAAUGCGUCCGUCGCCGUCGCCGAGGCUGAAUCCCAGAGCAACGAGACCGCCAUCGUUGACACCGCCGAGGACGAAGACGUGGUUGAUGCAGCCGACGAGUCGACUUCCGUCGUUCCAGUUGUUGAUGUCAUCGCUACGCCGGUUGAUUCCAAGUCCGAGAUCAACGACAGCGCACCCGAACGCAACCACACGACUCUGCUCACCGACGACGACCAAGCCAUGGACAAGGCGCUUGAAGCCUCACCCGAAGCACCGGAUGCGUCCAAGGAAGCGCCGGAAGCCACCAAGGACGAAGUCUCCAAGGAUAAGCCGGAAACCUCCGAAGAGGAAGAUCCAGAAGCCGCCAAGGAGGAAGAUCCGGAAGCCGCCAAGGAGGAAGAUCUGGAAGCCACCAAGGAUGCACCAGAUGCCAAGCUUGUGGCGGCCAACGAUGCGCCCGAAAUUGCUGCAUCGCAAGAUGCGGCACUUGUGGCCAUUGUCACGCAGUUCAGCGCGUACACCAGCGUCACGGCGCACGCUCUCAACGCGUCGGCCGUGACUUCGCCUCUCAACGUCACAGAAACAACCGAUGGCGCCCCCACGGAAGACAACUCUGCGACAACCAACGACGAGCCGGUUGUCGACUCCGACGAUGAGCCGGUUGUCCUAAACUCUGUGGAUGUGCAAGAGGCUACCCCGAUCGAGGCGCCCGUCUCGGACAGCGCGCUUGUCGAAAGCAAUCUUGAAGCCACCUCGGACAUCCCUUCUGUCGCUGCCAUUGAGCCCGCCGACGUCGACGUUGCCUCGGUGCCGGACGCUGCCGCAUCCGAGGCCGUUUCCGGCGCCGUCGAAGAAGCGUCUGCAGACGAAUCGAAGGCCACGUCGUCGAGCGAAAACAGUCAAGUGCUCAGUGCGGCGGCCAAGGCGCUCGAGUCGCUUCUCGCGGACAAGAUGCCGGCCAAGACAAGCCGGGAGUGCCGGGUGCUGGCGUCGGCCAAGGCGCUCGGGCUCUCGGUCGGCGACGGCGUCUCGGUGGCGGACGGGCUUCGAACCCACAACGCCCCCGUCGACGAAGUCUUCAACAAAGCAGUCUACUCGACGACGCGCCUCUUUCUGCAGCAAAUCGUGCGCCACAAGGCGACGCCCAAGCACGUGCGGGCGAAGACGACCGACUCUGCGCCUUUCGCAUCGCGCAAAUGCAUCCUCCUCGCCGACAACAACCGGCACCGCCGUGACGCUCUCGCGCUGCAGCUCGACGGCGCCUUCAAGGUGCUCCUCGCGAGCUCGGUCCGGGACGUGCUCCAGGUUGUCCAGUUGUUUACGGUGCACCUGAUUUUCGUGCGUGCGGCCAUCGGGCGCGACUCGGCGAUGACGAUGCUCGACGCCCUCCGGCACAAGGGCGUAGCGAUCCCGGUCGUCCUCGGCACCUCCCGCUUCCUCGACGAAGACAACCCCGCCAUGCUUCGCGCGUGCCUUGAGCGCGGCGCGUUCGGGCACUUGGACGACAGUGUGCUGACAUCGCACGAGCUGCGCGAUCGGCUUCUCGAGCUCAUCGGGGCGUUGGGCGCUGUGGACAAGGAGUGCCACACCUUCAAGAAGGUCGAGUCCAAAGAGGCGCGACGUCGCUCGUCGCUCGCGCUCAAGUCGGGCACGUCGAACUCUGUGCUCUCGUCGAUCGUGGCACGCCGAGGCAGCGCACUCGCGUCUAUGUCGUCGUCGUCGGCCAACCUCUGCCAGCCCAGCGACCCGAUGCUCCAAGUCGUCGACACCAAGAUCUACGACCGCCAAAUGCUCGUCCAGAAGCGCGCCCAAGUCGCCACCGCACUGCAAGUCGAGCACUCGGCGCUGGGACUCGCGGCGACGCCGGCGCCGUCGCCACUGCCAACGGACCUGCAACGGACGCCCGUGCCCAAGCCGACGCGCGACGACAUCAACAAGAACGUGUACACGCAUCCGCACAAAGUGGCAGCCGUCGUGCAGGCCUUCGACUACGACCGACGGAUGCAGCCCGAAAAGUCCGUCGUGUGCCAAGAGCCGCUGCUGGAGCACUGCUUGGCGUUGGAUCCCGUACCGCUGGGUGCAGCGGCCGAUAGCCGGCUCAACAAGGCCUACCUCUUCUACGCGCAAGGUCGGUUCGAUAUGACGAUUCAUUGGUGCUCGAACGCCCUCGCGACCGAGCCGUUCAACCUUCCAAAAUGGGCACACCUGCUGCGAGGGGCUGCGCACGACAAGCUCGGGGACCACGAGCUUGCGCUGCGCGACUUUACUGCCGCCGCUGCCAUCGAUACCCAGUGCCACGAGGCCCACUUCAAUGCAAGUGUCGCCUUGCUCAAGCUUGGCCGCGACAAGGACGCGCUGGCGGCCGUCGAGCGCGCCAGAGCGAGUGCGGGGGAUGGUCACCGUACCUACCUUCGCAACUACGCGCUCAUUCUUCGGCGCCUCGGUCGGUUCGACGACGCCCGCGUCGCGUACGCACAGCUGGACGCGUCUCAGAGCGACGAUACGAUCGACGCGUCUCUUGACGGCCUCCUCGAGACCCUGGGGCUCCGCGGAGGCGUGCUCGAUGCGCUUUUCUGUCAGUCGCGAGUCGACAAGGCAGGGUUCUUUGCCAAAUCUGGCGAGCGCACAGACGACAUGCUCGACACGAUGGCCGCGGUCCUCCGCAGCUUCGAUUUCUUCGUGCGGAUGCCCGACGACGUCGUCCGUCGUGUCUGCCAAGCCAGCAACUUUACCGUGAUUCGGUGCGGCGACGCGUUCGAGCUCGCUGCCGCCAUGCCGUCCGCCUUUUACGUCUGCAUCAGCGGCACGCUCAGCGUCCACGCCAACCUCAAGCUCAGCGCCCACGAAGUCGUCGCGACCGCCAGCACGUUGCGGCUGCACGCUGGCGCUAUCUUUGGCUGCGUCGGCUACAGCGUCUCGAACCUCAUGAUGUACCUCGCCGACGAGCGCACCGAGGUGCUCUACUUGACGCCAAGUGUGUUCAAGGCGACGCUCGAGCCGCAGUGGAUCCUCGAGCAGCAUGCGCGCUUCGCCACCUUUCGCCGGUCGCCUGUCUUCCGCAGCCUCUCCGACUCGGAGCUCGGCCACAUCGUGUCGCACUCGAUCCUCGCGCGGUUCACAAAAGGGUCCGUCAUCAUCGCCCAAGGCAUCAUCCCCAAGCACCUCUACCUCCUCUACAAAGGCAUCUGCCGCUUCCAACAAGCCUUCUCGGACGGACACACCGAGACCUCCGAGAGCACAACAGAGACGACGGCAGUGACGCCGCCCGUGGCUCCGUUCCACCACUUGCUAGCAGACGCGAGCUGGCCGCUGGGGUAUACGCGCCCGGCGCCGCGGCUCGCGCCGGCAAAAUCCACGCCCCAGCUCGACCGAAGCGCGCAGCGAGCGGAGGCGCGCUCCCGAAUCACGUACGAGUUGUACCCGCCCGCGCUCUUUGGCGAGACAGCGUACUUGGAGGCCUCUCAGAAAGCGAAAUGCUCGAUCGUCGCCAACACGCUGGUCGAGGUGCUCGCCGUCGACGUCCAUCAGCUCAAGUCGCUUUCGACGGCCAAGGACAUCCUCGUCGCGAUCGCUCGGCACGCGCCCAUGUACGUCGACGCCGCCCGCGCCGAGAAGCUCCAAGCCGACCACGACGCGUGGACCGAAGUCCGGGGCAAAGAAGCGCUCUUGCUCAACAAGGCGCGCUGGCCGAUCCAAAAGACUCGACUGCGCUUCUUACCCAACGGCAGCUCCCUCGUCUUGCCCGACGAGUGCAUCGUCGCAAGCCCUAAACGCUAA